AUGACGUUUGGGGGAGAGCUGAACUACCGGACUGAGAAGAUUGUGUUUGAUGUAGUUGACCUCCCUCUGUCGUACAACGGGAUUCUUGGACGCCCAGCCCUGGCUAAAUUCAUGGCGACAUCCCACUAUGCCUACAACACCUUGAAGAUGCAUGUGCCAAUGGGUGUCAUUACCAUCCCAUCAGACGAGAAGGAUGCAAUCAUUUGUGUGGACAAGAUGUACCGGGACGCAGUCACAGUAGAGGCAGCAGCAGCAGCAGUUCCCGCCAAGGAGGACAGAGAAAAGAAGAAGGAUAGCAAGGACGCUGGCAAGGAAUCCGGGAAGCAUACCUCUUCGGAGUGCGCUGCGCCUAUUGAUGACUUGCCGAAGAGUUCCAAUAGUAAGAAAUCCAAGGUCACUGCACCCCAAGUGAAGAAGGUCCCGGCAGGGCUGGCUGGCGUUGAUUGUACUUUCACUACCAGAGCCACCCUAGAUGACAAAUAG